CUCAACUUUCUCACUUGUUCUUUCUAUCGACGACGACGACUACUCGCUCUUUAUACCCUUUACUCCCAACGUCAACCGUAUAUCCUCAAAGUUUUAUCGCUCCUGCCAGGCUGCAAGCGCGGGAACCCCCUCAGCUCUUGUCCAAUCCAACUGUGAAUCGCUUAAUUGUUGCUACCCUUCACGUCCUUUUCUAUCUCGCCAUUUUCUAUCGUUAAACGACCAUUAUGUCCUACCCCGACCAACCAAACUCUCCUGGCAGUAUGUCGGGACGCCGUCUCACCAAUAGAAAUACCAAUCGCUAUAGUGUGACGGCAUUGUUUAGUAUGGCAGCGGAGAACGAUGUGGAAGUUGAAGAUGACCUUGCAAGAGCUCAAAAGCGUCUUCGUGAUUUAAAGGGAAAGAUUUCCGCCCAAUCUAAAAAGAAUUUCGUUUUAGAGCGAGACGUCCGUUAUCUAGACUCCCGUAUUGCGCUGCUCAUUCAGAACCGGAUGGCGUUGGAUGAGCAACGUGAAGUCGAACGAACAUUGGAAGAAGUCGAUCCAACCGAAGGUCACUAUCCUGACGACCGCAAAAUACAACAGUACUCCAAUCUCUUCUUCCUGCUCCAAUCCGAACCUCGCCAUAUUGCCGCCCUUUGUCGACUGGUCAGUCUAUCUGAAAUAGACACACUUUUACAAACAGUCAUGUUCACGCUCUAUGGGAACCAAUACGAGAGUCGGGAGGAACAUCUCCUUCUCACUAUGUUCCAAUCCGUACUUUCGGCCCAAUUCGAGACUGCCACUGAAUUUGGUUCUCUACUUCGUGCCAACACCCCCGUUUCCCGAAUGAUGACCACUUAUACUCGUCGCGGUCCAGGUCAAAGCUAUUUGAAAAGCGUUCUUGCUGAGCGUAUAAAUAGCUUGAUCGAACAUAAAGAUCUUAAUUUGGAAAUCAAUCCAGUUAAGGUGUAUGAACAAAUGAUCAAUCAAAUUGAAGAGGAAACCGGCUCACUUCCUCCGAACCUUCCCCGAGGUGUCGCACCAGAAGUUGCUGCUGAGAAUCUUGACGUCCAGGCCAUUAUUGCUCCACGACUCACAAUGUUGAUGGAGAUUGCCAACAGCUUUUUGGUGACCAUUAUCGAGAGUAUGGAGAGCGUUCCCUAUGGUAUUCGAUGGAUCUGCAAGCAAAUCCGAAGUCUGACACGACGUAAAUACCCCGAAGCGAGUGAUUAUGCCAUUUGCUCCCUCAUCGGCGGGUUCUUCUUCCUUCGAUUCAUCAAUCCAGCUAUCGUCACACCUCAAGCCUACAUGCUGGUGGAAGGUGUUCCUGCGAAACAUCCUCGCAGAACGCUAACUCUCAUCGCCAAAAUGUUGCAGAACUUAGCCAACAAACCAUUAUACGCGAAGGAAGCUUAUAUGAUGACACUGAAUCCCUUCGUGGAGAACAACAAGGCUCGUAUCAACCAAUUCCUCAAUAAUUUAUGUGAAGUCGGCGACUUUUACGACACUCUUGAGAUGGAUCAAUAUAUGGCUCUUUCGAAAAAGGACUUGAUGAUACAUAUUACCAUGAAUGAGUUGUAUAACACGCACUCGCUGAUUCUACAACAUAUAGAAACGCUGUCGCCGAACGAUAAACAACAUUUGCGUAUCUUAACAGACGAACUCGGCCCUGCUCCCGCUCAAGUUCCGCGCAAGGAAAACCGGACAAUUGAACUGUCUAUCUAUAGCCGUUGGGAGACUCCUGUGCAUGAUCUUCAGAGCGCUCUCAUGGACUCUGUGUCCUCCAGCGACAUGUUGUACAUGGAGACUAAAUCGAUAUUCGUGCAGUUGAUCCGUUCUAUACCUAACGCACCCGAGAAACGACCGUAUAAUCUAGCCGCUAUCGCUGAGCGAGCGGCCACGACCAAGGACGCCACUCUCGUUCGGAAGGGUAUCAAGGUCAAGGAAAUGCUUCGAGAACUGGAAGAACAGAAAAUCAUCGAUCAGGGUGAUGGGUACAAACUCAUGCAGGAGGAAGUCGCUGCUGAGCUCGUUCACCUCGGUAAUCUCCGGGAAAAGGUUCUUCUAGAGACAAAAUCUCUCGAAGCAGUGUACAAGACCAUUGGCGACCACAACAAUUAUCUCAGGUCUCAGUUGGAACAAUACAAGGCCUAUCUUCAGAAUGUGCGGUUGACUGCGACUAAGGACAAGGGAAGCACUACUGGUGUGGGUGUCGUGACGGUUGGCGGCAAAGAGAAGAAGCCUGCCAAAUCUGUGGUACUAGGCCCAUAUAGAUUUACCCAUGCGCAAUUAGAGAAGGAGGGAAUUAUUGUCGAGAGCAAUGUUCCCGAUAACCGUCGUCCAAACAUCUACUUCAAUAUCACAUCGCCUACGCCUGGUACUUUCAUCAUCGCAUUGCAUUACAAAGGCCGAGAAAGGGCAAUUCUUGAGAUGGACCUUAAGAUAGACGAUUUAUUGGAAAAGCAAAAAGACAACAAACAUCUCUUGGAUUUGGAAUACGUUCAGCUAAAUGUUCCGAAAGUGCUGGGUCUACUGAAGAAGGUUUUUGCCAAACGAUAAACAGAGCAUGAAUGGUUGGUUUAUAUUCUGCGUCGCCCCCUUUUUCUCUGCUCUUAUUUCGUAUUUCCCUAUCAUCUUUUAUAUGAUAUGUAUUAUCUUGAACUAUCCUUAACUUUGUCUUCUUGUCUUCUUUCAUCUUUCUUUAUCUGUCUCUGCUAUCCUCUCUACCUCUCUUCGAUUCGGUCUUUACCCAUUUCUCGGAUGUAUUAUUCACUCUUGUAGUAGUACACUUACUAAGGCAUGUUGUUUCCCUAUACCAAUUGUCAGUGUUUAUCGAUAUCCCAAUUUCUGUCAUUGAUACGCACUU